UCCUUCGUUCUCGGUGAUUCUGACCAACUUGAAAACAAAUGCAACCAGCCAGGUGAUCAUGGAUAGAUGUCGCAUGUAUCUGGAUGCUGGUAUAUUGGGCCAUGAUUUGGGGACAUGUGACAUGAUGUUCAUCCCAGUUUGUGAGAACAAUCACUGGCACGUCCAUGUUGUCAACUUUGCAGCUGGAAGAGUUGAAAUUCUUUCAUCUUUGCCCUUGCGGCGAGGAAACAGUAUUAGUGCUGCAACAAGGCGAUUAUCUAUGGCAAUCAAUAAAGCACUGCAUGCAUAUAAAAUGCAUAUGGACGUGGAUGUCUCGACUUUUGUGCAUGUCCAACCACACCUUGUGCAACAACUGAAUGGGUUCGACUGUGGUAUCCUUGCACUAAAGUUCAUGGAGUUUUGGAACGGGGCGACCUUAACCACUUCUGUGGCAGAGGACAAGCUGAACAUGUACAGACUCCAACUAGUUGUGGAACUAGUGCUCAAUGAACGCAACACUGUUAGAGAUAAAAUUAUGGCCUCCUGUCAUUUGUGACUUCAUGGUUGAUGAUAAGUUUUUCCUAUCUGAUGCUACUUACCAUAUAAAGCAAUACUUGAUUGUAGUUUGUCCACAAAUGACUGAAUUCAUAUCCUGUUAUGUGAUGAUGUGAUUUUGUUCCCAUUCUAAAACUAUUAUUUAUGUUCUAUAUUUAUUGUAUCUUAUUAAGUAUACAACAUCCCAUUGUAACAGUGACAGUAUGGUGAUGCUGAAUGUUAGAACUUUAUGUACAACAAUGGGCAACAACAAAGGGAAAGAAAGACUUCAUGGUGAUGCUGUUCCUAUAGCUUACGAGAGGGAGUAAUAUCAGAAUGACUCAUAUGUUAUCCUCUUUCUUCGGAUUGUAUGAAGCAAACUUGGUUUACCAUAUGAUCAAAAUUAGGGUUGUUCAUUAAUGUGAAAUAUCGUAUAGGAAAGGGAGUAGGAAAGGAGUUGUUCAUUAUUCUGGGGCAUCUUUUGUCAAUGUUAUAGGUAGGUUGGAGGUUUCUUUGGUUUGUUGACUAUA